AUGAACGCCGUACUCUCCGGGUCGCAAUGGCUUCGUCGAUCCGGCUCGAACAAAAAAGCAGGCGCAGGCAGCCUUGGUAACUCACAAUCCGGGACCCAGUCGACCUUACCACUACCACCGCCAGCUGCCCAAAUGAGGAGGACCAACCCGGAGGCGCCGCCAGCGUCUGAUAGCCGUUCUUUCGAGGAGCCGCUGUGGCCGACCUACGAGCCCCCUAUGAUUCAACAUCAGACCCAACGACCAAGCUCUGCCAUCUCGGAUGCUGCAAACUCGACAAACAACUGGACGCUCGAUUUGGGUCUCUCUACCCCUUCGCGUGCUCGCAAAACGUCGUCGCAUUCCAACGGUCGCGCACAACUCCUCGCCAACGCAACCGACCACGCUAAGACAUCCUUCCUCGCGCUGGUCGGUGAAAUACAGCCGGGCACAUCCUACUCAACUGGAUCAAAACAAAAAUCAAUUGCUCGUCGGACUUCGAAAGAAAGCUCGGCAGGAGGCUCGGACUUCAGCCAUGCGCACGUCUUUGAGGAAAGCGAGUCGCACGAACUGCCCCUUCGUAACGAGACUCCGCAUUCGCAUCACACUUUCGGUGGGUCUUCAAGGUCGGGGGGGAUUGAGGUAGAUCGCAGGCGCGGGGCAACUUUGGGUCAGCACGGGCGUCGGGCGAGCAGUCCCAGUAUCGUAGCCUCGAGUUCGCACUUUGCCAGUGUCGCCUCGUCCAGAUCCGAGGCCGAAUCGCUCCCCGCAGGAACGCCAGAGCGUGUUCGAGCACUUGAUUCGGUCGCAUCGGAGUGCUCUGUGGGACUGCUCUCCGUCGCAUCGGGACUGAGUCGAGCACCCUCGGGCAGAGCGGGUACCUUCGACGCCGGCAGCUUUGAAUGGAGGGCAAGUCAUUCCGCACAAUCGCGAAUCAGUCUGCCUCCGAACUAAUCACAAGCCAUAUUUUGCAACCAGAUUGCUGAGGCGCUACUGAACUCACCACGAUCCAGAUCUUCAAGAGCAUCGCGUCCAACAGCCGAGAAUGGAGCUAUUUCAAGCGCCGAAGCAUGCUCGCCUCUGCAGUCCGAGCACGACUCAUCACUUCAAGAUAAGGAGGGUAUUACGCAGGGAUUAACUGGAGAGAAGAAGCCUCGCUCUCGGGUUGAGUCGAUGCCGGAUCCUGACGUGCUCCACUCGUCGAGUCCAUCGAGGGGCCGCCGCCGUCAUCUCUCGCUGCCAGCCAGGAACUCGCGGGCUCGAGCUCGAUCCGAGGGCCCACCUCGAGUACGUGUUCGAUCUGGUACACCUCUCGACAUGCAAAUGUUCGACGUAGCUCAGGCGAAUUCCGAUCCUUUCCAAGAAAGCCGCCGCGAUCAACCGCAGGACGAUCGACUGUGGGCCGUCUACCCAUCUUCGCGGGCCGCGCUCGGCUAUUCCUCAUCCGCGACAUUGCUAUGUGCGCGCGAGUCCACUCAUUCCAUUCUUACGUUCAUUACUGCAUCACCUCGCCUUUCAUCUACCUUUCUCAUCGAGCCGAGCCACAAUGUGCGGGACCCGUUCUCGGAUGCGUUUUCGUCCUCGUCCAGUGUGCACGUGCCGUGGCCCGAGAUCGACGAUUCGAAGCAAAAGACUGCGUGCGAGCACUUCGAAGAGGAGUCGGUCUGGAUCCCUCUGCCGAUUCGACCGGUUCACAAGUCCUUGCCGACUUCUCAUCGUCCUGUCAGUGCAAGCUUCCUCAGUGCACCUCCACGCGAGCUUCGUCGAAAUUGGCGAAACGAGCAACGAGAAAAAAGGCGUCAGUCUGCACACGAUUCGCGUCGAGAACAGCUGCUCGACGUUCCAUCCACCCUGCACGAAGUUUGGGCCGCCGCAGAGCAGUCGUCGCCAAUCACUCAAGAGCCCCUUGCUCUCCAAGAUUUUAAAAUAGCAAAUAUGCCCGAAUUUGAGAUGACGCCGAGCUUGCAAUCGAGUCGAGUCGGAUGGAUUAGUCGCUCGAUCUCGCUCGGUCGCUUGGCUCUCGUUCCCCUCGGAGGGUGGUGCUUCGUCUUUGGCUUCAUCUGUCCUCCUCUCUGGUGGAUUGGAGCCGUUUAUCCGAGGAGAAGGACUCCUUUGACUCCCAGGCAACUUGGAACCUCACCGAACCAUUCCGGAGGACCCAUCUCGGAAUGGCCGGACACUCGUCCCGGAGCAAGGAAACCCCUGUACGAUCGACGCAGUCGAGGGGGUUGGCUCAGCAGUGGGCUCUCGCGAUGUAUCGAAGGCACUGGGAGGGACGACCUACCUCAAAGACGUGGCCGGUCUUCCGAGCCAACCUCAUCGAGGGGUAUCGAAGGUGGACCUGCGGCGAUUGCGAGGAGUGCGGCGAUGGAACGCGAAGCCGCGCCGUGGGAGUGGCGGAGGCGUAAUAGAGUCAUGUCGCUCAUCUCGGCGCCAAUCCUCUCGGCCAUUAUCGCGGCAACGAUUUGGGCGUGUGUGUCAGGGGCAUUCGUCCCCUGA